AUGUUCUACAAAAUCAGAGCUAGUCUAAUAUCCCCAAAACUUCCUGUCAUAGAGGAUACCGAUAGAUCUGAGGAAGAGCAAGAAGCUGAUGAAAAGCGUAUCCAAAAAUCUAUAUCUGAAGCUGUAUCGGCCGUUGUUGAUAAAGAAGAAUUUCAAAAAGCUUUGGCCGUCCGCCUAGCAGCUGAGUUACAACCUUCUCUCUCGGCCUUGGAUUCUUCCAACUACGUAAGCAAUCUUCAAGUCUCCACAAAUAAAAUUACGCAACAGCUCGAUGCUCACGACACAAAAAUUACACACUUGUCAACUCUCCUUAGCUCAAGCGAUUCAAACACUUCAGAGAGGAUAACUGCUAUCGAGUCGGCCGUUGCAAAAAUAUCCACAUCGCUAGGGGAGCUCGAAAAUUGUAUCAAGGGAUUUGAGUCACAGCAGGCCACAAAAUUUGCCAAUAUCACGUCAGACUUAGACACCGUCAAAGAAAUCACGGCAACGUCCGUCGGAAACCUUUCGGUCGAGAUUUCAAGCGCUAAAGAAGGCCUCUCAGAAAAUAUUGCUUCCGCAGAAUUGUCUAAAGUAAGCACCUCAAUUGAUAAUAUUAGCAGUGCCGUAGCAGCACAGGUAGAAAGCAUAAUGGAUAUUAAGACGGUUAUAUCUGCCCCAGCGCCAGCGCCUGAAAAAGUUGAUCUGUCCGGGAUCGAAUCCUCAGUUGGAAAGCUUACCACUACCGUUGACGAGAUCAAAAUGACAGUAUCUGCCCCAGCGCCAGCACCUGAAAAAGUUGAUCUGUCCGGGAUCGAAUCCUCAGUUGGAAAGCUUACCACUACCGUUGACGAGAUCAAAAUGACAGUAUCUGCCCCAGCGCCAGUACCUGAAAAAGUUGAUCUUUCCGGGAUCGAAUCCUCAGUUGGAAAGCUUACCACUACCGUUGACGAGAUCAAAAUGACAGUAUCUGCCCCAGCGCCAGUACCUGAAAAAGUUGAUCUGUCCGGGAUCGAAUCCUCAGUUGGAAAGCUUACCACUACCGUUGACGAGAUCAAAAUGACAGUAUCUGCCCCAGCGCCAGCACCUGAAAAAGUUGAUCUUUCCGGGAUCGAAUCCUCAGUUGGAAAGCUUACCACUACCGUUGACGAGAUCAAAAUGACAGUAUCUGCCCCAGCGCCAGUACCUGAAAAAGUUGAUCUGUCCGGGAUCGAAUCCUCAGUUGGAAAGCUUACCACUACCGUUGACGAGAUCAAAAUGACAGUAUCUGCCCCAGCGCCAGCACCUGAAAAAGUUGAUCUGUCCGGGAUCGAAUCCUCAGUUGGAAAGCUUACCACUACCGUUGACGAGAUCAAAAUGACAGUAUCUGCCCCAGCGCCAGUACCUGAAAAAGUUGAUCUUUCCGGGAUCGAAUCCUCAGUUGGAAAGCUUACCACUACCGUUGACGAGAUCAAAAUGACAGUAUCUGCCCCAGCGCCAGUACCUGAAAAAGUUGAUCUUUCCGGGAUCGAAUCCUCAGUUGGAAAGCUUACCACUACCGUUGACGAGAUCAAAAUGACAGUAUCUGCCCCAGCGCCAGCACCUGAAAAAAUUGACCUGUCUGGUAUUGAAUCUUCAAUUGGAGGAAUUGUAAAUGCCCUUGAGAGUCAGAAUAAGAGCUUAUCUGAAAUGAAGGCUGAUACAGCGGGAACUGAAAUAAUGGCUGAAGUUAAGGUGGUAAAGUCUAUGAUAGAAUCCAUUAGUGCCAGUGGGUCAAAAAAUAACACAGAAAAUUGA